GGCGGAGCGGGGCCCCACACAGGCCGCGGCGGCUGGCUCCGGCCCCUACGGUCCCGGCGGCGGCUGGAGGAGGAAGCCAGGCGGCUGGAGGAGGAGGGGAGGCGGAGGAGGCCGAGGCUGGAGCGCCGCUCGCCGCACACUCACUUCCCCGGCUCAGCAGGGAAAGGUUCCUAGGAGGCCAGUGCGGACGGUAUGCAAAGUUGUGAAUCCAGUGGCGACAGUGCGGAUGACCCUCUCAGUUGUGGCCUACGGAGAAGGGGACAGCCUCGUGUGGUGGUGAUUGGUGCUGGCUUGGCUGGCCUGGCUGCAGCCAAAGCACUUCUGGAGCAGGGCUUCACGGAUGUCACUGUGCUUGAGGCUUCCAGCUGCAUCGGAGGCCGUGUGCAGAGUGUGAAACUUGGACACGCCACCUUUGAGUUGGGAGCCACCUGGAUCCAUGGCUCCCACGGGAAUCCCAUCUAUCAUCUAGCAGAAGCCAAUGGCCUCCUGGAAGAGACAACUGAUGGGGAGCGCAGCGUGGGCCGCAUCAGCCUCUACUCCAAGAAUGGCGUGGCCUGCUACCUCACCAACCAUGGCCGCAGGAUCCCCAAGGACGUGGUUGAGGAAUUCAGCGAUUUAUACAACGAGGUCUAUAACUUGACCCAGGAGUUCUUCCGGCAUGGUAAACCUGUCAAUGCUGAGAGUCAGAACAGCGUGGGGGUGUUCACCCGGGAGGAGGUGCGCAACCGCAUCAGGGAUGACCCUGAGGACCCGGAGGCCACCAAGUGCUUGAAGCUCGCCAUGAUCCAGCAGUACCUCAAGGUGGAGAGCUGUGAGAGUAGCUCACACAGCAUGGACGAGGUGUCCCUGAGCGCCUUUGGGGAGUGGACCGAGAUCCCCGGGGCCCACCAUAUCAUCCCCUCCGGCUUCAUGCGGGUUGUGGAGCUGCUGGCUGAGGGCAUCCCCACCCAUGUCAUCCAGCUGGGGAAACCUGUCCGCUGUGUGCACUGGGACCAGGCCUCGGCCCGCCCCCGGGGCCCUGAGAUUGAGCCCCGAGGCGAAGGUGACCACAAUCAUGACGCCGGGGAGGGCGACCAGGGGGGAGAGGAGCCCCAGGGGGAUGGGCGGGAUGAGGACAAGCAGUGGCCAGUGCUGGUGGAGUGUGAGGACUGUGAGGUGAUCCCGGCGGACCAUGUGAUCGUGACCGUGUCGCUGGGUGUGCUCAAGAGGCAGUACACCAGCUUCUUCCGGCCAGGCCUGCCUGCUGAGAAGGUGGCUGCCAUCCACCGCCUGGGCAUCGGCACCACUGACAAGAUCUUUCUGGAAUUUGAGGAGCCCUUCUGGGGCCCCGAGUGCAACAGCCUACAGUUUGUGUGGGAGGACGAGGCGGAGAGCCGCACCCUCACCUACCCACCUGAGCUCUGGUACCGCAAGAUCUGUGGCUUUGACGUGCUCUACCCACCUGAGCGCUAUGGCCACGUGCUGAGCGGCUGGAUCUGCGGCGAGGAGGCCCUUGUCAUGGAGAAGUGCGAUGAUGAGGCGGUGGCUGAGAUCUGCACAGAGAUGCUGCGGCAAUUCACAGGGAACCCCAACAUUCCAAAACCACGGCGAAUCCUGCGCUCAGCCUGGGGCAGCAACCCAUACUUCCGAGGCUCCUAUUCGUACACGCAGGUGGGCUCCAGUGGGACAGACGUAGAGAAGCUGGCCAAGCCUCUGCCAUACACUGAGAGCUCCAAGAUGGCGGACCCACGUUGAUGGAGCAUCUCAUGGUAGAUGGAAAAGAGAGAUACUGGAACAUCUUAACAUUUCUACUCAGGAGGGGCAUAUGUUACUUCUAUUCACAUUUCAUUGGUCAAAGCCAGUCAGUGGCUGAGCUUGAUGUCAGUGAAUAGGCAUAUAAUCCUCCUGCAGAAAAGUACCCAGCAAGUUGGGGCAACAAAUGUUUUCAUAAUUAUAAUACAAUCUAUCACACAAGUCAUGGCAUAUUAUUAUUUUAAUAUGUUGCUGGAUUUAAUGUGCAAACAUUUAUUUAGGCUUUUGUAUCUAUGUUCAUGAGUGACCUAAGAUUUUUUGUCUUGGGCUUUCCAGGGCUUUUUUUCUUCCCCUCUUAGGCUUUUAAGAUAAUUUGGGUGGAUUUACAUCUUUUUACUGUGUACAUUGGGAAAGUAUGUAUAGAAUGUUAAUUAUCUGUUUCCUGGAGACUUAAAGAACUUGCUUACAAAACUGGUUGUACUUGGUUAUUUUGGAAGUAGAACUUUGAUGUUUUAAUUUCUUUUAUGGUUAACUUUGUUAACAUUUUCUACUUCUGGGGGGGAGAUGCAAUUUUGGCAAUUUAUAUUUUCUUAGGAAAUUGGCAUUUCCGUGAUGGUUUAAACAUUUACUGCUUCAAAAUGGUCCACAGUAUUCUGUGUGAAAUUAGUCAU